GAGACAAACAAGGCGAUGGGACUCCGCGAUCUCAAGAGAAUGCUCGACUCAGGUAGGCGAGUUGCGGCCGGAGCAGAGGGCUCGAGAGGAAUACCAAUGUGGCUGGUGGUGAGUAUGUCUAGCUGGAUGCGAGGGAGUAGUCGCUCAUCUCUACCUCUUGACCUACGACAGAUUCGAGCAGUCAAAGCCUCGUGGCACCAGGACGGCUCCUGGCCGAUCCUAGGCAUCGACGAAGAAGCGGCAGAAGAUGCCCUUGCUUCUCUACCCCGAUCUGUCCACGCAGCCUCGAAGCUUCUCCGCCCACCAGGCCACACUCGAGCGCAGAUUCCACCUCGAGAUCCGGAGGCAGAGCGUGGUCUUCCACCUCAGCGGCCAGACCCUGAUCCUGAGGAUGUCGUCAGGCGGUAUGAAGAGCAAGGCGUCGACGUAGGGCCUGCGCCCAAGGGUGAGGGAUUUGAACAUUGGUGAGAGAGGAGCGCGAACAGGCCAGAGGAACCGUCGAGCAUCUGUACAUUACAAGCAUACACAGUCAUCAGUAGCGCGUCGGAGGGAGGGGAAUAGCAUGGGUACCCGAAACGAGAUAUACAAUCAUUAAUCGAGAUGAUCUACUGGUAUCAAGG